AUGUUGUCUCGCACCCUCUUGCGUCGUCCCGCGCCGGUGCGCUCGAUGCUGCAGCAACGUUUCGCCUCGUCGUCGUCGUCGUCGUCGUCGUCGUCGACUUCGGCUGCAACGGAGCAGGCCGCGCAAAAGGCCUCGGACGUCGCCGCAAAGGCAAAAUCCGUCGCCGGUCCCGCCAUCGAGAAGGUGCAGCAGGCAUCCGCCAAGGCGCAGGCACUCGUCGGUAACGCCCUUGGUGGUCAGUCACUGGCGUGUCUACCUCGCGAUGCGCGCCGUGACGGUCUGAGCUGACCGAGACCGACGUGUGUUACCUCGCCUCGCUUGUCCCCUCCCCCGAUGGCGAUCGCGCCCAUUCCUAUCCCCGAUCCUGACCCCCCCCCCCCCCCCCGUCAACAGCCUACAAGGAGCCCAUCUUUUACAACGUGAGCCCAAUCAAUUAACGCUACUUGACGGAGAAACGCCGAGCUCACGGCUGUACGACUCUCAAUGCACCAGGCCGCCGUGGCCAAGGAGAUUGUCAAGCAGGUCUACGUCAAGGAGAAGCUUGCUCCCCCUUCUCUAGGCCAAGUCACCUAUGUCUGUGAGUGGCAACAGAAACACUCUACGUAUAUGAUGUGGAUUGUUCACCUGGUUGCUUAUGCGCCGGCCUGCUCCUCCACGCAUCUCUCAGACCAACAAUUCUUCAACUCGGCCCGCGACGUCAACUACUGGCAACAACUGUACAAGUCCGGCGAGUGGAAGAGAUGGGCCAUCUACGCCGUCGAGGCCUACGGCAUUUUCAAGAUUGGGGAAAUGAUUGGUCGAAGGUGAGCGAUGAGCGACACCGAGUACCAGCGUGUCGGGUACCACGUCGGUCAGCCAAUUGACGCAUACACUCUAUUACCUUUCACAGACACGUUGUUGGGUACAAGCUCGAGGGUGAGUUGCACUUGACCAACGAUGUCAGAUCAGUUCACUGACGUGUAUCCUUGAUCCUACCUACAGAGUCGCGCUACUCGGCCUUGACGUAAAUCAGUCCCUGGUUGAAUCAAUGAGCGAUGGGGCCCUUUGGAGGGAUGGCGUAGAUGCUUUGCUGUGUGUAUGAACGUAAAAACAACCCUACCUGGAUGGCUGCCUUCUUCAUCAUUCGCUUCCCAUUUUUGGUUCUCUUGAAUUUCUCACUUCUCGAUAUAAAAGUAGACGUGCGCUUUCUGUGUUCCCCGAGAAUGACUCAACAGCAUUCCUUCCGGGUUCAUAUGAGAGCGGGCCGCCAACGAUCAGAAAGUUGCAAAACGGUGUUGGGUAGUGUAUCUACAAACUCAGGUAGAUUCUUCUACGAUCUCAAUAUCUCGAUCAGGGGCAGGCGCGGCAAACCCGGAGAUCAGAACGGGACUCGGUGGACGAUCCUGCAUCUCCACGUCGCAUGAAUCAAUCGUCGUCGAAGCAGCUGCACUCGUCGUAUCCCCAACAGCGACUUCCACCGUCGAAGCAGUGACGACAUCACUCUUCGUCUCUUUGAUGUUAUCCUUGAUCGGUCCGCGACUAAGCACUUCGAUCGCCGUGCGAGGCACGAUCCUCCCUUCGAACACGACCUUGUCCUUCCCCGCCUCGCCAUCCCUCUCCAAUACCAUUUCUUCCAAACCCGAGCCAUGCAACUCAAACUCGUAUUGUCGCAUUACGAUAGCUUCGGGAAAACGUUGA